AUGCCCUCUUUAACGGCAAUGGAUGGUGGACACAGAGCGAUCAAGUACACUAGAUUGGGCGGAGUGCAGAAAGAAAUCUACAACGAAGGCACACAUUUCAGGAUACCCUGGUUUGAAACCCCCAUCACCUACGAUGUCCGCGCCAAACCACGAAACGUUGCCUCCCUCACCGGAACCAAAGAUCUCCAAAUGGUCAAUAUAACAUGUCGUGUUCUUUCUCGACCACGAGUCGAUGCUUUGCCAGUAGUAUAUCGGACUCUCGGAACAGACUACGAUGAGCGCAUCCUUCCUUCAAUCGUGAAUGAAGUUCUGAAGAGUGUGGUUGCGCAAUUCAACGCUAGUCAGUUGAUUACGCAGCGUGAGAACGUCGCAAGACUAGUAAGGGACAAUCUAGCAAGGAGGGCAUCGAGAUUCAACAUCUUGCUUGAUGACGUCUCCCUGACCCAUCUUGCCUUCUCUCCUGAAUUCACAGCCGCAGUCGAAGCCAAGCAGGUCGCCCAGCAGGAAGCCCAACGGGCAGCAUUCGUUGUCGACAAAGCUCGUCAGGAGAAGCAGGCGACCAUUGUUCGAGCUCAGGGUGAGGCACGCUCCGCUGAGCUGAUCGGAGAAGCCAUCAAAAAGAGCCGAAGCUAUGUGGAUUUGAAGAGAAUUGAGAAUGCAAGGGCUAUUGCAAGUAUCAUCCAGGAGCAGGGUGGGAAGAACAAGCUGUACCUCGAUGCUAAUGGUCUUGGCCUGAACGUGCAAGAGGGAGAUGGUGACAACAAAUCGUGA